UCAUUCAGAUGCUUGAUUCAUCCUGAUGCAAGAGUUCCCUUAAAGGAGGCAACACCCACAUUUUUCAGUAAAAUGGCAACUUCAGACGAAUUACAAAGACACCUCUCAGGCAGUGACUUGGGAAUUCUUUUAACUGAACUUUGGCCAAUACAACCACGCAACAUUCUGAUUUUUGGUGUCCAACUUAAAAUAUCCUACAGCACAAUUCAGGAGUUGGAGAUGCGCAACAACAUAUACAAGGUUGACUCAUUGAGAAUAAUACUUCACGAAGCUUUAAAUCGUGACCCACCUCUUACAAGGAGAGAGAUAGUAACAGCUUUGCGUAAUCCUUCAGUAGGGGAAGAGAGGCUGGCAAGCCAGAUUGAGUCUCAGUACUCUCUACCUCAGGCUCUUUCAUCAGAUGCUAACUUUAAUGGAGCUAUAUCUGCUGCACCAUCCGCUGCACCAAUGUCUAUGCCCCAAUAUCCCCAAUUAGCUCCUCCAUCAGUCCAACAGGAUACAAGUGUGCCACAACACUCAGGUAGUACUCAAGCUCCACAGUGGCCUGUAAACAUUCAGCCCCCAACCUAUGAACAUCGUCCAGUUAAUCAAUUACAGCAGCCUCGGGUCAGCCAGUCUAACCAGCCUCCUUAUUUAACAGGCCAGAAUACAUCUCAGCAGCCACUAAUGCAUAACACCAUUCUCAAUGAUACACAGCGACUGCUACAGCUGCAUCAGCCUUUUCCCUAU